AAAAAGUAUCAGUUAUGGUUACAUGCUGAUGGUGCAUAUGGUGCUUGGUUUGCCAUGGUUGAUACUGCCCCCAAACGUCUAAAGUCUCUCAAUCUAUGUGAUUCAAUCAGUGCAGAUUUGCACAAAUCAUUUUUUCUACCUUAUGGAACUGGGUUUUUGGCAGUGAAACAAAAAGAAAACUUGUCUAAAACAUUUGGUCAUGAUCAUGCUGAUUAUCUGAGCCAUGAGAGUUCAGAUAUUAAUUUUGCUGAAUUAACAUUGGAACAAACACGCGAAAUGAGAGGACUGAGAGUCUGGUUACCGCUAAAAUUACUCGGUUCACAUAGUUUUGCAUCGUGUUUAAAGGAGAAAUUAGAUUUAACACAGUAUUUACAUGGUGAACUCGAACGGAUUCCAGGCAUUAUUAUCAUUAGCAAGCCAGUUUUAUCCAUUCUUACAUUCAGGCAUAUUCCGAAAACAUUGAAACAUUUAUUUGAAAAGGAGCCACGAAUUCUUCAAAAUGCAGAUGUUGAAUCUGAAUUAUUAGCUCAUAAUACACGAUUAAUAUCAUCUAUCAAUAGUCGAGGUCGAGUCUUAUUGCAGUCAACAAAAUUAUAUUUGAGUCAUGAUGAUCCACAGCCGGCUAUGGUUAUUCGAAUUAUUAUACUCAGUUAUCUGACUCAUCGCACACAAGUAGAUCAUUGUAUCAACGACAUAAAGGAGAGUUGUAUGGAGAGUGGCUCACAAACUCUCCCGUUCAUGUAA